AUGGCCACCACCGAACCGCCCCAGGGCGGAGACCUAGAUCGGGGUCCGGCUAUCAUGGCAGUCUUUUGGACUGAAGCUGCUGUAGCAGUCACAGCCCUCGCGCUUCGCCUUUAUGGGCGACGCCUGGUCAAGGGCUUUGGAGUUGAUGAUUAUAUCAUGACAUUUACAAUACUUCUGUUCAUCAAUAUGGUCGCCUUUGCCCAAUACUUGGCUGUCAUCGGGGCUGCCCGCCAUAUGUACUACUUGACCACGACGCAACAACUCCUAGUGGUCAAGUAUGAGUGGAUUGCUCAAACAUUCGGGGUUCUGGGGUUUGCGACCAGCAAGACGUCGGUCGCGCUGCAGAUCCGGCGCAUCCUCGGACCCAACAGCCGCCGAACGAGGUGGCUACUCUGGCUCAUUAUAAGCCUAACAUGUACCAUUUGUGGAAUUGAUUAUAUCUUCGGCUUCGUGCAGUGCACUCCACCGCGUGCUAUGUGGGAACCGUGGAUUCCGCACAAAUGCUGGGACCCCAGGGUGCAAACCGCUUUCUCCCUGUUUUUCUCGGUGUGGAAUAUUUUCAUCGAUUUGGUCCUUGCCACCAUUCCCAUGCCUAUUAUCUGGCAUGCACAGUUGUCCGUAAAGCAGCGGGUGGCCGCGUGUGCGCUUUUGGGACUUGGACCACUAGCCGCUGCGUGUGGCAUAGUCAAGAUUACCUACGUCGUCAGAUUACGCUCUCGUAGCGAUCUAACCUGGUCUUCCCUCGACUCGAGUAUCUGGUCCACGUCGGAGCUAUUUGUGACUAUCGUCUGCGGUUGCAUUCCGCCAAUGCGACCGGUAUUCGUCCAUCACUUCGGGUCCAAGAAACAGCGAUUCCAAGGCUAUCUCCAUAGCCCUUCGGCAUAUGGCAGCAGUCAGCGCCAUAUUCAUCAUCAAUUCUUGAUCCUGCGAUCCUUUAUCUUGUCCCGCCGGCCCGGAGAGGAAGAUACAGAGGCACUUCGCUCGUGGACCCGUACUGGCGGAGGAUAAUUUGCAGCAGUCUUCUAGGUAAACAGGCACAGUUGAAUACCGGGUGGAUCCCGGAGAUGGGAUGUUGUCCUGUCUUUCUGGAUUUUAUGAUAUGCCCAUAGCACUGAGAAGAAGAACUGAUACCGUUCCGUUGUCUACCCAUGCUUUCUUUAUCAAUAGUGGUGGUAGGAUGUUUUGCAUAUGAUAUGAAUGACAGGCAUGUG